AUGAGUUUUGGUUUUGGUAUAGGCGAUAUCCUCGCGGUGAUCGAGCUUGCUAAGAAAAUACGAAAAGAUUUCGUCGAUGCCCCAAGUCAAUUUAAUGAUAUUUCGCUCGAGGUGCGAAGUCUCUCCAUUGUACUUCAGGAUAUCGAAGAUGAGUUUUCAUUGCCAGACCUCAAUGCCGAGCAGAAGAGUGAACUCAAAGAAAUAAUUUUCGGUUGUCGAGAUGUUCUUGAGAAGUUGCAACAAACGUUGAGCACGUAUGGCGAAUUUAAGUCUGACUCUAGAGGAUGUAAGGCAAAAAGAAUUUGGAAACGAUUUCACUGGGAGCCUGAUGACAUGAAAAACAGCGCAGACCAGUUUCAUGAGCGACAAGAUGAUCGGGAACUUAACAAGAAAUCUUUAGCGAUUUUGAAUUGGCUUACCCCAAUCAACCAUGCAUCUCAACAGCAUGAUUACAUCACGCAACGGCAAGUAGAUACAGGACAAUGGCUUCUAGAUUCGCCAGUGUUCAUAGAAUGGGUAAAUUCUGAUAAGCAGAAAUUGUUCUGUCCAGAACUCAUGAACCGCUUCCGAAACGACAAAGACGUUGGAAUUGCGUACUUAUACUGCAACUUCCGACGCCAACAUGACCAAAAGAUUGAUGACUUGCUAUUGAGCCUUCCCAAGCAACUCUCUGGAUACCAGCCUUUAAUGCCAGGAGCGGUGAAAGAUAUGUUUGACCUACACUCACGCAGGCAGACACGCCCAUCAACUGAAGAAGUUUCGAGCACCCUCAAGUCUAUAAUCAAUUCAUAUUCCAAGGUUUUUAUUGUUGUCGAUGCUCUCGACGAGUGUCAAAUGGCCGAUGGUUGCCGAAUGAAGUUUCUAUCAGAAGUUUUUCACCUCCACGAAACAUGCCAACUAAGUCUUUUUGCUACCUCAAGAUAUAUUCCGGAUAUCGAAAAAAGGUUUGAUAGCUCUAUGCGGUUGGAAAUUCGAGCCAGUGAUAAAGAUGUGGAGAGAUACUUAGAUGGUCGCAUUUCGCAGUUACCUGGAUAUGUACGGCAGAGCACAGACUUACAAAAUGAGAUCAAAAUCGGAAUUAUUAAAGCAGUUGAUGGAAUGUUUCUGCUUGCUCGACUUAAUUUCGAUUCAUUAAGAGGAAAAAAGUCUCCAAAGGCAAUGCGGAAAGCUUUGAAUAGUCUCCCAACUGGAUUCGAUGCAUAUAGAGAUGCAUAUAAAGAUGCUAUGGAGAGAAUUGAAGGACAGCUGGAUGAUGAGAGAGACCUUGCAAAGCAGGUUCUUUCGUGGAUUAUUUGUGCAAAAAGGCCUCUCACAACAGCAGAACUUCAGGAAGCUAUUGCAGUAGAGAUUGACGAGACAGAGCUUGACCAAGAAAACUUUACUGAAAUCAACACAAUGAUUUCUGUAUGUGCUGGACUGGUGACUGUUGAUGAAGAAAGCAAAAUAAUUCGCUUAGUCCAUUAUACUACACAAGAAUACUUCGAGCGGACACGAGACGAUUGGUUUCCUAACGCUGAAACCUUUAUCGCUACAAUUUGCGUUACAUAUUUAUCAUUCGAAACUUUCAAUGCCUGUUCUUAUUCAAUCUACAGAGACCCCGCGGAGCGGGCACGGUCGGAUAACUUUUCGUCGUAUGCUGCACGAUUUUGGGGGCUCCACGCUGGCAAGGCUUCAAUUUCAGAAAAGACAUUAGAGCAUGCGCUUCUAAGAUUUCUCGAAGACCAAGCAAAGGUCAACACAUCAUGGCAGUUGAUUGAUUCUGGGGAUUUACCAGAAUUAUAUGUCGGCCAGGGCUCAAGACCCGAGUUUUCAACCUUUUCCCUCAACCAGUUCAUUAGUAGAGGAAAGACAGCAAUGCAUAUAACAGCGUUCUUUGGAAUUGAAAAUGUUCUACAACUGUUGCUUUCUACGGGCAAAUUUGAAGUCGAUUCAAUAGAUAAUGUAGUGAAACUCUUGCUUGAUACAGGCAAAGCCGAUGUCAAUAUCAAAGAUGACAUGGGUAGGACGCCACUCUCCCGGGCGGCUGCGAGCGGGAACGAGAAUGUGGUAAAGCUUUUGCUUGAUAUAGAUGAAGUCGAUGUCACUUCUGAAGAUCAAUUUCAUCAGACGCCAUUCCUUUAUGCGGCCAGCAAAGGGUACGAGAAGGUGGUAAAGCUUUUGCUUGGUACAGGCAAAGUCGAUGUCAAUUUCAAAGAUAGCGGAGGUCAGACGCCGUUCUAUUGGGCGGCUGAGAAGGGGCACGAGAAGGUGGUAAGACUUUUGCUUGACAUAGACGAAGUCGAGAUAGAUACAAUUGGUCCGCUUGAUACAACACCGCUGUUAGGUGCUGUUCGCAACGGAUGUGAAUCAAUAGUAAAGCGACUACUCAAUACAGGGGCAGUAAAUAUCAAUCGAAUUAAUUACGAGCACCGAACUCCAAUCACAUAUGCUGCUGAAAGAGGUUUUAAUUCUAUAGUAAAGCUGUUUCUCAACACAAAUUCAGUUGAUGUCAAUGUUGUUGAUAGUUAUCACCGAACACCUAUCUCCUAUGCUGCUCAGUUCGGUAGCGAAUCGAUAGUAAAGCUACUUCUUGAUACAGGGAAAAUUGAGAUCGGCUACCACGAUGACAGGGGUCUAACACCAUUUUCCUAUGCUUGUGUUGAGAGAAGUGAAGGCAUAAUGAAGUUGCUGCUCGAUACAGGUAAAGUUGAUAUCAAUCACAAAGAUAAAAACGGUAUGACACCAUUCUGGCUGGCAGCUUUUGCAGGCUGUGAGGCAGUUGUAAAGCGAAUUCUUAGUACAAACAAAAUCGAUCUCAAAUGCCAAAUGGACUGUUGGUUGUGUCCAGAGAAUGAAUGGUGGUAUCAUGAUGAAAAAGCGAAAUUUUUGGUCAAGAUAUACGCCAAUAUGAAGAUGGAUAUUCCCCUUGUAGUAGAAGAGAGUAUUCGAAAGCGGUUGCCAGAGAUCUUGAAAGGUACUUGA